AUGGACGGGAUCUCGACGACAAGAAUCUUGACUCCCGGCUUGUGCUAUCAGACGGAACCCUCUGUCCAAUCGGUACGCCUCAUUGGCUCCUGGGACAACUUUACCAUGUGCUAUAGCAUGGAGCGGGACAGUCGACGUGGCCAUGGCCAAUGGAGAGGGUGCUUUGCAUUCCAAAACAUCGUCUGCGAUGAUGAGAACCCGCACCACCAGAAGCGAAGUGGUGGUCUAAAGAUGGGUCACACCUACUACUACUAUUACGAGGUGGACGGGUCAACUGAGACUUUUGAUGCUACGAUGCCCUACACAACUGCCUGCCCAUAUAUGCCUGGUCAAACAGUCAACACUCUCCACGUCCCUAUUGAACACACAAUCCGCCUCCGAAGUGCAUCCAUGAACUCUAUGCACCAGGAAAACUAUAGGACAAUGGACCCAGCAACCAAGUUCAUGAAGCCGCUGCCACCCACGCCUCUCUUACCAGGCAUGGCCAACCGCCGGGCUCAAUCUGCCCCAGUUACACGCCCAUCAUCGUCGUCAUCUCGCUCAGUUUCUCCACCAUCAUGGAAGAGAUUCUUCUCACGCAAGCCACACAGCUCCGACGGCCAACGCCGCCAAUCAGCUGCUUCUGAAGAAACCACUUUCACCAUCUAUGACAACGUCAUCACCGUCCCCUCACACGAUGCUCGCCAUGGUCGUCAUACAUCGUCACUCAGCGAAGGUGCCCGGCCAAGAGACAUCUCUCCGAGCUCACUAUCUCGUAUCUUACGCGAGGGUAGCCACGCUCCACGUCGUCCUAGCCACACCGCUCAACUGCCAUCCUUGACGAUUCCUGAAGACGUUAUUGAGGAAGACGAGGAUGAUGACAACUUUGCUGCUUCUGCAGUCUCGGAGAGCAUGCCAUUUACCACCAUCCUGUCGCCGCCUCCCUUUCAACGUUCUUCAUCAUCAGAGUCUAUCAAACGAGAUGCCGAGGCAGGCAACUCUGCUGCGGUGGCCAAACCUAAGCUUUCAGUUCAGCCUCCUUCUCUUGACAAGAGUCAGCCUAUAUCUGCUGUAACAAACGAGCCCAACCCGGUACCUCAAUGGUCCAGCUCGAUAAAAGAUAAAACCACUGCAAGCCCUCUCAACGAGGACGUCCCCAUGAGCUUCUAUGACGAUGAAGAUGACGACGACGACGUCCUGUCCAGCAACGAUGACGAUGGUCACUUCCCUCCUAUCCCCAUUUCAAAGUCUCGGCUGCUUUCCUUCAAGGGAUAUAGCUUGCCACGUCACAUUGAAGAAACCAAGGAUGCUUUUGCCCCUCAUCAGACCUUUGCAACCACAAGCUCACCAAAGUUGAUCCCCAGUGGGUCGAAUAUCUUGAACACUCAUGUCGAAGCUGGCCUCGAUGACUUUGCCAGUGAGCUCGGCUGGAUUGUCGAUGCCAUUGGCACGACCAACAGCCACUAG